GCCGCCGCCGGCGCCGACCGAGCCGAGCCGCGCCAUCGACCUGUCGGUAGGCGCGCACCCCAUCAGCUGCUUCCCGUCGCUGGCGCCGCCGGCGCACGCGCGCCACUCGGUCAUCACGCACACGCCGACCGUACCGAAGAAGCGGCCCUUCUACCGCCGCGACCUGGUCAGUGCGCGUGUCCACAUCGACUCGCCGCCGCCGAAGAAGAGGCCGAUGAACCUCCGCGUGCCGCGCAAUGGCCUGGCGCCGAUGCAGACGCCACUAGGGUCGGGCAACAAUCCGCUCUCACCGACGCCCGGGUCGCCCUAUCGCUCCGGCGGCGGCGGGGGAGGGGGCGGGGGCGGCGGCGGCGGCGGCGGCGGUCCAGGCGAGCAGGGCUCGCCGGGUAACAACAUGAACAAUCGCAACUCCAACGGCAGCGGUAUGCACUUCAACACGGGCGGCGGCGGCUUCAAUGUGGGCCUGCUAGGCUGCAAGACGGAGCAACCGGAUGACACGUACGAGAGCGGCCGCCACUCACCGAAGCAGUACCAGACGCUGCAGUCGGCCGACAUGGACACCUACCUAGGUGGCUACAUCGACCUACAGGUGGAAGGGUGCAAGCCGCCGCCGCAGCCGCCGCCAGCGCAGUCGUGGAGCGUGCACUCAACCAGCGGGCCGCUGCCGCGCCACGCGCCGCUACCGUUCGGCUUCGGCGGCACCGAGCCGUUCAACUUCGCCGACCCGUACGAGCUGGACAUCGAGCUGUUCGCCGACACGAAGCCGACGGUAAGCGCCGGCGGCGGCCUGCUCACCGACAGCCACGACCUGUUCGGGCUGGAGCAGCUGCUGCAGCCGACGGGCACGGCGGCCGCCGGCGGCCCGCAGGCGGAGCUCUCGCACCAGACGGUCGUCGACGCGCUCGGCGAGGCGACUGCGCUGCCGGCGCUCUCCGAGCCGGUCGUGUCGUCCUGCCUGGCCGACGCCGUGUACGACGGCAAGUUCCUGGUGACGGGGCCGCACGGCGGCGCGGCGCCGCCGCAGCCGCAGCUGGCCGUGCAGCCGGCGCAGCAGCCCGAGUCGUCGACUGCGCAGCUGUCGCCCGCCUCGCCGGCGACGCACGGCGGCCGGUGCUCGCCCACCUCGCCCGGGUCGUCCAGCGGCGACCAGAUGGCCGAGGGCAUGCCUGCGCUCGACAUCCGCGUCAGCAUACUGCAGCAGCGGAUGGGACUGCCAGAUUCGCAUAGCUUCGAGUUCGUGAACGGCGGACACGGCAUCAAGAACCCGCUGAUCAACGAGCGAGACCUGGAAGUGGAGAAGCUGCCACCUAUCAUUGUCGAGGACGACCCCAAGACCUACAUGUGCCGCCUCUGCUCCAAGAAGUUCACUCUGCAGCGGCUGCUGAACCGGCACAUGAAGUGCCACUCGGACGUCAAGCGCUACCUCUGCACCUUCUGCGGCAAGGGCUUCAACGACACCUUCGACCUGAAGAGGCACACUCGCACCCACACCGGUGUACGGCCCUACCGGUGCGUCAUGUGCGAGAAGUCGUUCACGCAGCGCUGCUCGCUCGAGUCGCACUGCCUGAAGGUGCACGGCGUACAGCACCAGUACAACUACAAGGAGCGGCGCAACAAAGUCUACGUGUGCGAGGAGUGCGGCAACACCACCAUCGAGCCUGAGGCGCACUACUUCCACCUCAAGGACAACCACCCCAACAGCCCUGCGCUGCUCAAGUUCUACGACAAGCGGCACUUUAAGUUCCACAGCAAUUUCGCCUCGAUGCUGCUGCAAGCGCGAUCGUAAC